AUGGCGGCCCCUAAGAUGACUAAGAACCAGCUGCGCCGGGCGCGCAAGAAGGAGCUCAAGAAGGCCCAGGCCGAGAGCAAGGAGGUCAGCGAGAAUGAGAAGGAAGAGUCGAAAGAGCCAGAGCCAGAGGACAAGAAGCCGGUCGACCUUGAGGUCAAGAAGGACCCUGCGACACCCGAUGUCGACGCAGACGGCCCGGUCAUAGACGACUUCGUCCAACCACCCGAGGACCCGGCCUUCGCCGAGUACAAGGCCAUCUUCGAGAAGUUUGGUGUCGUACACAUCGACGAGGACAACAAGAACCAGGGCCCGAACAAGGGCGAGGUCUUCUUCGACCAGGACGACGAGAUCCCCAGCGAGGACGAGGAGCAGCAGCCGAAACUGUCGAAGAAGAAGCGCAAGAAGCUCAACAAGCUGUCCAUUGCUGAGCUGAAGGCUCUCGUCAAGAACCCAGAGGUCGUCGAAUGGCACGACGUCUCGUCAUCCGACCCGCGUCUGCUCGUCCAGAUCAAGGCACAGCGCAACGUCGUACCCGUUCCCGGUCACUGGUCCCUCAAGCGCGAGUAUCUCUCCAGCAAGCGCGGUAUCGAGAAGCCCCCAUUCAAGCUCCCCAAGUUCAUCGCCGACACGGGCAUCACCGAGAUGCGCGACGCGAUCCUCGAGAAGCAAGAGCAACAGACCCUCAAACAAAAACAGCGCGAGCGCGUGCAGCCGAAGAUGGGCAAGCUCGACAUUGACUACCAAAAACUCUACGACGCCUUCUUCCGCCACCAGACCAAGCCCAACCUCACGCGCUUCGGCGACGUCUACUACGAAGGCAAGGAAUGGGAGGCCGACUACAAGAUUUUCAAGCCCGGCGAGAUGAGCGACGCCCUCAAAGAAGCCCUCGGCAUGCAACCCGGCUACCCGCCCCCGUGGCUCCUUGCCCAGCAGCGUAUCGGCCCCCCGCCGUCUUACCCUACGCUCAAAAUCCCUGGCCUCAACGCCCCCAUCCCGCCCGGCGCAUCCUGGGGCUUCCAGCCCGGCCAGUGGGGCAAGCCGCCACUGGACGAGUACAACCGUCCUUUGUAUGGCGGCGAUAUCUUCGGCAUCAUGAACCAGCCCGGCUACGCCACGCAACCACAGGGGCCCGUCUCGGAACCGAUCGACCGCUCCUUGUGGGGCGAACUGCAGCCGCCGGCGGAAGAGUCCGAGGAAGAGUCCGAAGAGGAAGAAGAAGAGGAGGAGGGAUCGGAGGUUGGUGCCGGGGAGAUUCCUCCCGGCGGCACAGAAACCUCCAUCAGCGGGUUCGAGACGCCAGCCGUCACGCAUGCCGAGGCGCCUGGCUUGGAGACCAGUCUGGCAGGCGAAUUCGACCUGCGCAAGGCCCGUCGGGGGUUCGAGACCGAAGAAUCGGCUGCGCCGCGGCAGGCGUACACGGUCAUUCCCGAGCGCCAAGCCCGCGUGGAAGGCUUCUUUGGGUCGGACAAGGUGUACGACUUAUCUGCCGCUUCUCGCUCAGGUGUGCCUGUGCUUGGGUCAGGGGAGGAUGAUGCAUCGAGGAAGAGGAAGAAGCCUGGUGAUGUGGAUGUCGCGCUGGAUCCGGACCAGUUGGCUGCGGGAGGAGGAUUGAGUAAGGAGGAGCUGAAGAAGAAGUAUGAGGCGGGCAGGAAGGAGGAGGGGAUCGGGGCGCAAUGGACAAGGAGUAGGGAGUAUGAGGAGGACUUGAGUGAAAUGAUUGCGCAGGAGAGCCGGAAGAGAUUGAAGAGGGAGGAGGAGAGGAAGGGGAGGAGGUGA